UUUUUAAAAAUGGCGAAAAGUUGUGUUGUGCGUUAAAGUAAACAAGGGAAUAAACAAAGAGAAAGAAAAUUUAAUAGUAAUAGUAAGAAAAAUAACCGCUAUUCCGAAUUUGUUAUAAUGAAAUAUUACAUUUGGGUUUGAUUAUUAAACUUUGUAAAUUGAAAUAGUUGGAAUAGUUCAAAUAAUAGAUAAUAAUAAUAGUCGAGACAACAAUGGAACAUAACCUCGAAGGUACAGACCUUCAGGAAAACGAUCUUCCGGAGGAAUAUGCAAAAAGAGCGGAGCGAAAUCGUCAGAAAGCUUUGCUUCUUAAAAAAUCUAAAGUUGUCACUCAUCCAUAUGCAAAAGUCGAAAAUCCUGAAGCUACAGUGGGAAAAGUUGUUAAACUUCAAGGUCAACGUGUGGUUGACAGCGGAGCUGGUUUUCUAAUUGAAGAAAGCGACGAAUUAGAAAAAGAACUAAUAAAACUUGCGGACACUCCUGCUCCGAUUGUGAGUGAUUUACCUGUUUGCGAGGAAUGCAAAAAAGAAUUUAAAGAUUCCUUCAUGUUUCAGAAAUUUGAUUAUCCAGUUUGUAAUGCAUGCAGGGACAAUGAUGGAAAGCAUUCGUUGAUAACAAGAACUGAAGCGAAGGCAGAAUAUUUAUUGAAAGAUUGUGAUUUAGAUAAAAGAGAGCCAGCUUUGAAAUUUAUCGUUAGGCAAAAUCCUCAUAAUCCACGUUGGGGUGAAAUGAAAUUAUAUUUACAAUUGCAAAUUGAAAAACGUGCACUUGAAGUGUGGGGCACGGAGGAGAAUUUAAUGACCGAACGUGAAGUUCGCGAUGAAAAACGAGAAGGAAUGAAGAUCAAGAAAUUUAAUAAAAAGAUUAAAAAAUUGCGAAUGGAAGUAAGAAGUUCGUUGUAUGAUAAAACUCAAAAAGGUUCUCACGUUCACAAAUUCGGUCCAGAAACCUAUGAUGAAGAGGAAGAUACUUAUACAAAAACUUGCACCACCUGUGGACAUGAGAAUACUUACGAAAAAAUGUAAAUUAAUCUUUUCAAUAAUUUCUCUAACAAAUAAUUAUUCUUUUUUUUAACAGUAUUAUUUGUAAUCAAAAUAGUCUUAAAAAUAGAAAUGCUCACUCAUGUUUUGUACAUUUUAAUGCAUCAAUAAAUUAUUUUUUUUCUA